AUGUCAGCCAGGAAGGGCUCUCUGCUCUCUUCGCCAAAUUAUUCCACGGCAAUGGCAUGUUCGGAGACCCCAGCUGCAAACGCUUUUUUGGUGGACUCUUUGAUCAGCUCAGCCUCAGGCAGAGGGGAAGGAGGGGGAGGCUGUGGCGGCGGCGGCGGAGUUGCAGGAGGAGGAGGAGGAGGAGGAAGAGGCGGCGGCGGCGGCUACUACCCGAACAACGGUGGCGUCUACCUGCCACAGGCGUCUGAUUUGCCGUACGGGUUGCAAAGCUACGGGCUGUUCCCGGUCCUGAGCAAACGCAGCGAGGAUCUGCCUCCUCCGCCGCCGCCAGGCAUGGUUCCCACUCCGCACACUUACAUGUCAGGGAUGGAGGUCUGGCUAGAUCCCCCGAGGUCCUGCAGCCUUGAAGAGCCCACAAGCCCGCAGGCGACCUCCUGCUCCUUCGCUCCCACCAUUAAAGAGGAGAGCUCUUACUGCCUCUACGACUCGGACAAGGGCCGCAAAGAGGCGUCGGCCACCGACUUGUCGCCUUUCCCGAGGCUAAGCGCAGAGAUCUGCGCCGUGAAUAACGUGGCGGCUGGGGUGCCCGUCCCGGGCUACUUCCGCUUGUCUCAAGCCUAUGGCACCGUCAAGAGCGGCAGCUGCUACAGCAGCCCCCACCACCAGCACCAGCACCAGCACCACCAGCAGCAGCAGCAGGAGCCGCCGCCGCCGCCGCCGCCGCCGCACCCGGGCUUCGAGUCUUCUCCGGCGUUUCCUCUGGCCGCCCCAUUGCCCGAGCGGGGCAAGAAAGACAGCGAGGAUUCCUCCCCGCCGAGCACUCUGGCCGGGGAUUCGCAGAGAGCAGAGGAAGACGCGCAGGCUUCCUCUUCUGCCGCAGAAGAGCUGUCGCCGGCCCCCUCGGAGAGCAGUAAGCCUCCCUCCGAGAAGGGAGCCCUAGGCGGCUCGAAGGGGGAGAAUGCAGCCACCUGGCUCACUGCGAAAAGUGGUAGAAAGAAGCGGUGCCCUUACACCAAGCACCAAACGCUGGAGCUGGAGAAAGAGUUUUUGUUCAAUAUGUACCUGACUCGUGAGCGUCGCCUAGAAAUCAGCCGCAGCGUCCACCUCACGGAUAGACAAGUAAAAAUCUGGUUUCAGAACCGCAGAAUGAAGCUGAAGAAAAUGAACAGAGAGAACCGGAUUCGGGAGCUCACAGCCAACUUCAGUUUCUCCUGAUGGACCUAUGGACGCCUUUGAAUGGUCUAAACAGCCAGUAUGAUCCUGCACCCCACCCUAACCCACCCCACCCCAUCUGGUCAGGCUUUAGCUAUUGGCACCUAUGUGGAUCUCAACCUUUCUGUCCCAUUCUCAGCCUCGCCAUAGCUCCUUUGUGGUUGAUUUCGUUGGGAUAAAGCCAUAACAAGGCACAGCCCAGCAUUCCUUCUGGACUGCCCUUCUUCUGGUUUCGCUUUUGGAGAGCCUGGCGCUGAGAAAUAGGGUAUCCAAAACCCUGUGUGCCUAUUCUCUUUUCCCUACCUAUCCCUCAAACAAACAAACAAACAAAAAACAAUCAGAAAAAAAACCUAGCCAAAGGAAAGGUGCAUUCGAAACCUCUCCGCUAAGCUAUGCCAUGUGUUGCAAACUGGGGUUGAGUGUCGCUUUCAAUCAUUUAAACAUUUGACCACGCCACCCCAAAUAUGGAUCGGGUUUGAUAUCAUUAUUAUUAUUAUUAUUAUUAUUUUCUUGUGCAGCCAAUGUUAAGCAGCCAUUAUGGAAAGAAAAAAGGGUCAGACUGUAUGGUGUAAGAAGCCAAAACUGUGUGUGUGUUUAAUCAUUUAUUUUUCUAAAUGUUUAAUAUUGCAGCUUUAAAAGUUUCCCUGGGAAAGAGAGAGAGAGAGAGAAACUGCUCCCCAUCUCUCUUGAAAGAUAAGAACAGUUUUAUGUUCCUUAAUGGUUAAAUUAUUACAUUUUCUGGUUGUAGGUAAUGACUGAAGGUCGUUUUUGCUUUAGAUAAAUGGUUCUUAUCGUUCCUUAUGCUUGACAAGCACAUACAAAGAAAGAUACGAAGGAACAUUUAUCUGAAUGGACAAGGGGGCAGAAUUUUG